UACACUUUGUUUGUGUGAUCAUUUAAAAAAAAUUAUACUGAAUUGUUGAUUAUUAAAAAAUUUUGUGUAUUGUCAAAAUAAACACCUAUUUUUGAACUCUUUGCAUAACAAAAGAGAAUUUCAAUACAGAGGUUGAGCUAGAGAGAAUGAAAAUGAAGCGAGAGAACAAUGAUGGUGGCGAUGGACCUCAGGAUAGCAAGCGCAAUCGCCGCAAUGAGGAGACCGUUCGUAUUCUAAUUCCCAGCAGCAUUGCCGGCGCUGUUAUUGGCAAAGGUGGCCAACACAUACAGAAGAUGCGCACUCAGUAUAAAGCCACAGUGUCUGUCGACGAUUCCCAAGGCCCUGAACGGACUAUCCAAAUCUCAGCAGAUAUCGAGUCCACAUUGGAGAUUAUAACGGAAAUGCUGAAAUAUUUCGAAGAGCGCGACGAUGAAUUUGAUGUGCGUUUAUUAAUUCACCAGAGUUUGGCCGGCUGCGUUAUUGGGAAGGGAGGCCAGAAGAUUAAGGAAAUACGCGAUCGCAUUGGUUGCCGCUUCCUGAAGGUUUUCUCCAAUGUAGCUCCCCAGAGCACAGACCGUGUGGUGCAAACGGUUGGCAAACAGAGUCAGGUCAUCGAUGCGGUGCGCGAAGUCAUCACGCUCACGCGUGACACUCCCAUUAAGGGGCCUAUACACAACUAUGAUCCCAUGAACUUUGAUCGCGUCUAUGCCGAUGAAUAUGGCGGCUACGGUACCGGUACCGGAAGCACACGGCCGAGCCAGCGUGGAAAUCGCAAUGGUGGGGGUGGAGGCGGUGGCGGUGGCAUGGGAGGUGGUGCUGGCGGCGGUGGUGGUGGUGGCGGCGGCGGCGGCUUCGGUGGUGCCGGUGGCGCUGGUGGUCGAGGUAAUAAUCGCUUUGAUAGUGGACGUGGAAACGGUGGCAUUGGCGGAGCUGGUAUUGGAGGCGGUAACGUCGGACCUCGGGACAAUCCCUUCAUAAAUCCUUGGGCCAAUGGCGGUGGCGGCGAUGCUGACGGCGGUUUUGGUGGAAACAAUGGUGGUGGUUUCGGUGGCAAUAACUUUGGCGCUGGCGGUCCGUUCGGCGGUGGCGGCGGCGGUAACUUUGGCAAUAAUAGCUUCAACGGUGGCCCCAAUGGGCCAAAUGAUUUUGGCAAUAACGGCGGCAGUUUCGGUGGUCAAGGCAUUGGUGGCGGAUCUGGCGGCAACAGUAUGGGCAAUUUCGGUGGUGCCAACUUUGGAGGCGGCAAUCAACUUGGUGUUGGCAGCAAUCUGCCGGCUUUGGCCAACUUUGGACAGAACCAGGGCAACAAUAGUGGUGGCGGUGGCUUCGGUGCUGGCAACAAUGGUCUCGGUAAUGGUCUGGGCGGUGGCAAUUUAAGUAACAGCGGUGGCUUGGGAAAUGCUGUCGGUGCUAACAACAGUGCGGGCGGCUUCAAUGCCAACAUCGGUGGUGUUGGCGGUGGUAACAGCAGUGGCCCCAAUGGUGGCAAUACGCCUACAAACAUACCACAGGGUCAUGAUCCCAACAACAGUACACAAGUGACCAUUCCAAAGGAUCUUGCUGGUGCUAUCAUCGGCAAAGGUGGCGGCCGGAUUCGUCGCAUACGCAAUGAAUCGAAUGCAUAUAUAACCAUUGAUGAGCCCCUGCCCGGCUCCAACGAUCGCAUUAUCACCAUAUCGGGCACACCCAAACAAAUCCAAAUGGCCCAGUAUCUGCUGCAACAGAGCGUGCACGAGAACGGCAGACGAAACUUUUAAGUGGGAAGCCCGGCGGCAUGCCAAGGAGUAACAAAUGACGUCGACUGCAACAUUAACAACAUACACACACACACACAUACACACCCAACCAUUCUGCUUGCAUAAAUACGUUGCAGCGGCUAAGUUUACAUUUAACUUUAAAGUUUAAACUUAAAAUAGCGGAAGCAAAAACGAAAAAAACACAAAUCCAUUAUUAAAGUAACAUACAUAUAUUUCUAUAAGUUUAAGUAAUACUUUGGCAAUUUACAUUAUACAAAAUAUUUUAUGUUCCCUCAUCCCCACCACUGUACGACAAAUACAACAUGCGGCAAUACACGUUUUUUGUCUUUGAAAAAAAGUCAAAUUUACAAAUUGUACAAUAAAAAAAAGAAAAUGAACAAAUAAAGUAUGAAUAUAUGAUAUAAUUAA